AUGAGUGCAGCCGAGGCGCCGGCUGAGCUGGUUCAGGCUUGGCAGAAUGCGGUCAAGCGUACCCUGUUGAGCUGGCAAACGCUCAAAGUGCUCGUUGAUAACGAGGCUGGUGGCGAGGAAACCAGGGAUAAGGCUGAAUGGCUCUGCACGGUCACCGCUGAUUGGAUCUGCGAAAUCCCCGACGACCCCCCCACGGCCGAGGAAGUUGACGAGUAUAUUUGCGAGAUUUUGCGUAACGAGUUCUCAGUUGUGUGCAGUGAUGGUGUAGCUGUCGAGAUUGCCAACGUGCUGUGCACCCUUUUCCGCGCUUUUCAGGCGGGUGACCAAAAUGUGCUGGAGAGCCACCGUCCCGCGCCCGAGCUGAACCGUAACCAAGUCUCUAUGAUGCAAGGCACCACGGACCUGGAUGAUGAUGAGGAUCAAGGCCCCGCGCCGUCGCUGGUGCCUGCCAACCCCGCACCCACCAGCGCCCGGGCGGAGCGCAUGGACGAGGAUGGCACCUCGAGCGGCAAUGAAGAUUCUGAUGGCUGGACCACCCCUCCCGCCACCAUGGUGGUCCACGAGAAUCGCGUGCUGUUGCCACAGCAGCUCACCCCGGUCCGCUACAACGUGGAGCUCUCCCCGGACCUCGUCAACUUUACUUUUGGAGGCAAGGUUGUGCUCCACACGACCGUCAAUGAGGCCGCCUCCUCUGUUCAGCUCCACGCGCGCGAGCUCAGCAUCAAGACAGCUCAUGUGGUGCAAGGGGGCAAGAAGAUUGAGGUGCCCGAGUUCUCCAUCAACCUGGCCAAGGAGAUCCUGACCCUCCAGUUUGCCGAGACGCUGUCCCCGGGUGAAGCCGAGAUCCACAUUGCCUUUGACGGCAUCCUCAAUGACCAAAUGGCAGGAUUCUACCGCUCCAGCUACAAGGACAUCAAUGGAAACUCGAAGAUCAUGGCCACCACUCAAUUCGAGAGCAUUGACGCACGCCGUGCCUUCCCCUGCUGGGACGAGCCCGCCGCCAAGGCCAUCUUUGAAAUUACCUUGGUGGUCGACCAGCACCUCACUGCCAUCAGCAACAUGCCUGAAGCCUCCAACAUUACUCUUUCCAACGGCAAGCGCCGCGUGGUCUUUAUGCCCACCGUCAAGAUGAGCACGUAUCUCAUCGCGUUUGUUGUUGGCGAGCUGGACUGUGUUGCCGGCGUUACAAAGCAUGGCGUGCCGAUUCGCUGCUUUGCCACGCCAGGACAAGCUGGGCGCCUUGACUUUGCUUUGGACACGGCGUGCCGCACGCUGGACAUUUAUGACGAUUACUUUGGCCAGCCCUACCCUCUUCCCAAGCUGGACAUGAUUGCCAUUCCUGACUUUGCGGCCGGUGCCAUGGAAAACUGGGGCCUGGUUACCUAUCGUGAAGUGGACUUGCUCAUUGACCCUCCCACGGCGACCAUUGGCCAGCUCAUCCGCGUCUGCACAGUCGUGACCCACGAGCUGGCGCACCAGUGGUUCGGAAAUCUGGUGACCAUGGCCUGGUGGUCUGGCCUCUGGCUCAAUGAGUCCUUUGCCUGCUUCAUGCAGACCUGGGCCGCACACCAGCUGCACCCCGAGUGGAAGCUCUGGGAGCACUUUAUCAGCCACGACAUGGGUGCUGCCUUGCGCCUCGAUUCCCUGCGUUCCAGCCAUCCUAUCCAGGUGCCCAUUCAAGAGGCCAAGGAGGUCGAAGAGGUGCUAAUUGGACGAACGUGGGGCACGUCGCAACAGGUGUUUGAUGCCAUUUCAUAUUGCAAGGGUGCCACCGUGGUGCGCAUGAUUGCGGCCGUCAUUGGAGAGGAGGCCUUCCAAAAGGGACUGCAAAUCUACUUCAAACGCCAUCAGUACGGCAACACGGAAGGCUCGGACCUUUGGGCAGCCUGGAGCGAAGCUUGUGGCAAGGACAUCAAGUGCGUAGCUGCCGACACUGAUGCAACGUUUCAUGAGUAUACUUUCUUUGUGUGUGUGUGUGUGUGUGUGUGUGUGUGUGUGUGUGUGUGUGUGUGUGUGUGUGUGGCAUUGGUGAUUCUUUCACCAAUGCCACCGCCUUUGCUUUGCUUACCCAACUCACACAUGCCCCUUCUUAUCGUUGGUCCACUUAUUUGCCUUCUUUCUUACCCGAUGGGCUUCCCAUUGUUGCGCGUGGCGCGAAGCGAGGAGGGUGGCAAGGUCAAGCUCACUCUUCGUCAGACUUGGUUCCUGGCUGAUGGCUCCGAGGUCAAGCCUGAGGAGCAAAAGACUUGGCAAUUGCCGGUGUUUGUACGCAGUGCAUCACGCGAAGAGCCCACGCUACUCAUGAUGACUUCGGCCGAAGAGUCAUUUAUCAUCGAGGGUGCUGCCGUUACCGACUGGGUCAAGGUGAAUGCCAAUCACACCACCCCUAUGCGUGUCUUGUACGACGAUACUUCUUUCAAGGGCCUGCUCGAGGCCGUCAGCAGCAAGGCGCUCAACGUGGCCGAUCGUGUCGGUCUUCUGCUGGACUAUCACAGCCUGGUGCAGAGCAACUACGCCGCUAUCCCCAGCAUUUUCCGCCUGCUCAAGGCCUACUCCAACGAGGACGAUGCCGUCGUUUGGGACGCCCUCUCCACCGUCCUCAUGGCCAUGCACAAGGUGCUGCGUGACCACGAGAUGAUGGAGCAAAAGAUGCGCGCCAUGGCAUCGGACAUGGUUGAUCGUGCUUUUGCCACCGUGGGUUGGGACACGACCCCUGGCGAGUCGGCGCUGACGCGCGCCAAGCGCACGCGUCUGGUAGAGCUGCUGGCCAAGUUUUCGCGUUCUGAGGACAUCUUGGCAACGGCACGCCGCAAAUUUGAGGCUGUUUUGGAGGACCUUGGUACCUCCGAGUGCCCUCCCGAUUACCGCGUGUCGCUGUACUCCAUGGUGCUCAAGAAUGGUGACGCUACUACGUACGACCAGCUCAUGAGUCUGUACGAACGCAGCGAGACCAACGCGCAGCGCGUCCAAGUAUUGCACGCCAUUGGCUUUGCACCAACCCAGGCACUCAAGCGUCGCACUCUCGACUGGACCACAACAAAGGUCAAGCUGCAGGACUUUUUCUACCCCAUCAACAGCGUGGCGAGUUCAUCGCACGAAGGCCAGGUCUUGGCCUGGACUUACUUUCAAGAGAAUUUUGAGCGUCUGCGGGAGAAGCUGGCCCAGGCCAACCAAUCAUUGAUGCAUGCGGUCAUUGUCUACAGUUGCCGUGGCUUCAACUCGCGUGAGCGCGUCGAGGAGGUGGCCAACUUUUUUGGCGCCCACCCCGUGCGCGGCGUGGAGCGUGGUAUCCAGCAAAUGCUCGAAGGCAUGCGCGUCAAUGUCGCUUUUGUCGAGCGCCUUUUGGCAUCGGAGGUGGCGACCGAAGAAUUCUGGACCUCGCUACCGAUGAAGCGUACGCAUGGGCAAGUUGAGCAAUUCAAAAAGGUGAACAAGUCAGGAUUGCGGCUGGCUGAACAUGUUGACGGCCCCAGUCGCAAGAUUGGCUACCAGAAAAAUUGGCAAAAGGGCACGACCGAGAAUGUGCAGCGUGUGAGAUUGAGAACAAGCAAAUGCACGGGCGAGGGAUGGGGCAUGGGCUGCUACAACAGAGAUGGCGUGCGCGCGGCAGCGCGUACCAGUCGUCGCGAGGGCACAAAUGACAAGGUGCUGGCGCAGGAGGCUGCAAAGAUGAGAAGAAAUGAGAGUGCCGCGCCGCGGGCCAAGCCAGAAACCCCGUGA